UCAGACUCUGAGUUUGUGUCUCCAGAACCGAACAGCUUUGAGAAGAAGGCCGGGAUCCGGGUGGACGGCCGGCAGCUGGGGCUGGACUUCCUCCGCCUCAGGAGGAUGAUGUCGGAGUCCGGCUUCUACCGGGACGCCGGGCUGUUCGGGCCGGACGUCGGCCAGCCGAAGGACCACCGGACCGACAUCCUGGAGGGCUUCCUGCCGGGCGGCGCCGAGGCCGUGGACGCCGUCACCUGGCACCAUUACUACGUGAACGGCAGGGACACGUCUCUGGAGGACUUCCUGGACCCUGAGGUUCUGGACACUCUGGCCUUAAAGACGAACGAAGUGAUGGAGAAAGUGAAGCUUCUGGCGCCGACGAAGCCGGUGUGGCUCGGAGAGACGAGCUCAGCGUACGGAGGCGGAGCUCUGGGGCUGUCGGACACCUUCGUAGCCGGAUUCAUGUGGUUGGAUAAGCUGGGCCUGGGAGCCACUCUGGGCCUGGACGUGGUGAUGAGGCAGGUUCUGGUGGGUUCUGGGAGCUACCACCUGGUGGACGAGAACCUGGACCCUCUCCCUGAUUACUGGCUGUCGGUUCUCUACAAGAGGCUCGUCGGACCGGAGGUUCUGAAGGUCCGAACGCGGUCUGGUUCUGGCCACAGCAAGAGAGUGAGAACGUAUCUGCACUGCAGCAAUGAGAAGAGCUUCAGCCGAGGAGCCGUCACGCUGAUCUCCAUGAACCUGAGGAGGACGCCGGCCAGGAUCCUGGUCCCGGCCGUCCUUGGCAGCAGCACAGUGGAAGCGUUUGUCCUCCAGUCGGACCAACUCGUCUCCAGGUCGGUGAGCCUGAACGGGGAGCUGCUGCAGAUGGUGGACGACCAAACCCUUCCUGACCUCAGAGGAGCUCGUCUGCCUCCAGCUGAUCACCUGCAGCUUCCUGGAUACUCUCUGGCCUUCUUCGUGUUCACGGACGUCCAGGCGGCGGCGUGUCUCUGACGCCAACAUGGCCGACGGCAUCACUCCGGGUUCCUGCAGGCGCCGCAGAGAGAGCUGCUGAUUGGACCAGAGCUCUGACACACUACAGGUGGAUCCACUGAUGUCUACGUCAGAGUUCAGGUGUUUUAUUUUUAGAAUAUAUUCAUGUACACUCAGGUUGGAGCUGAACUACUGCUGUUUGAAUACCGUCUCUGUACUGUUUUAUACAUUUAUAAAGUUCUGUGACUGGCCAAGUAAAAACUACAUAAAUAGCAUCCGUCAGCCAAAGACCUGCUCAAAACAGAAUCCAGUACGGCUGAAUCACAGACCUCCGUAACACUGGGGAUAUUUGAAUGGAGUCUGGUACUGUGUAAGGACUGAACAAAAUCAGUUCUAAAAUCUGCAAUAUUCUGAAUGAGGUCUGGUUCUGUAGACGUCUAUGCAGCUGCACAGAAACUGAAUGAAGUCAAAGCUAGUAUUUGGAACAUCUUGUUCUGUUAGAGUACAUGUCUAAGGUCACUCAAGGGCUGAAUACAAUCAGGAGGAAACGUAGGAAUAUUAAUAUCAGGAAGUCUGGCACUGUGGACAUUUGUACGGCCUCAUAAGAACUGAAUAAAAUCCAGUCUGAAAUCUGAAA